UAAUAAUUUAUAAUAAUUCGUGUGAAUUCGUAUAAUAAUUUCCUAUAUAAAAAAUGAAUAAUGAAAGUUUAAAUAACAUAAAAAAAAUUUUUUUUUUAUAUAAAUGAAUUUUCAUUAAAUGAAAAAUAAAGAUUAAGUAGCAAAGAAAAAUAUUAAUGAAUGAUGUUAUGUAAAAUAAAUACAUAUAAGAUCGUUUCGAGUUCUUUAUAUAAUAAUAUUUGUACAUUAAUCCCUAUACUAGGGAAUAUAAUAGUGGAAACUUUAUAAUAAUUAAUAGAAUUUUUACAAAAUUUAAUUUUUUUUUUAUUUCAAUUUUGGCACGAAAUUCUGUUGUAAUGUGUGUUAUAUUUGUAAUAUUAUUAUUAAAUUUAUAAUAUAUUGAAAAUAGUUACAAAAAAUAUUAUAUCAAAUAUUUCUUUUUUAAAUAAAAUGACUUUAAAAAAUUAUUUGAAUAUAUUAUAUUAAUGUUAAGUAUAUAUGAAAUUUCUCUACUGGAAUAACAUAUUGUAUAUCAGUCUUGAGAUUUUUUUUCAUCAGUAACCUUUGACACUUAUGAUUAUUUGUCAAAUGUUAGGAUAUCAUAUACAGAAAGUGUACAUUCUAAAACAAGGAAAUUAAAUAUGAAUUAAUAUAUUUAAAUUAAGUUAAAGUUAUUAAAUUAUUUUAUUAAAAAUAUUUUAAUUACAUCAAAGAAAAUAAUGGGUAAUAGAUCUAGCCUUCUUCUACGCGAAGAAGAAAUAGCACAAAUCCAAGAAGCCACUGGAUUUACACCAAACCAGAUUGAACGUUUAUAUAGUCGUUUUACAAGUCUUGAUCGUGGAGAUUGUGGAACUCUUAGUAGAGAAGAUUUCCUUAGGAUUCCAGAAUUGGCAAUAAAUCCUCUUGGUGAUAGAAUUGUAAAUGCUUUCUUUGAUGAAAGUGGUAAUGAUAGAGUAAAUUUCUUACAAUUUAUGCAAGUGCUGGCUCACUUCAGACCCAUUAAAAAAAAUAGUCCUAAUAGAUUAAAUUCUAGACAAGAGAAAUUAAAAUUUGCUUUCAAAAUGUAUGAUUUGGAUAAUGAUGAUUUAAUAUCAAAAGAUGAAUUACUAGCUAUUUUGCACAUGAUGGUUGGUGCAAAUAUUAGCGAAGAACAAUUAACUAGUAUUGCAGAAAGAACUAUAGUAGAAGCUGAUGAAAAUGGUGAUGGAAUGAUUUCAUUUGAAGAGUUUUGUAAAGCAUUAGAGAGGACAGAUGUAGAACAAAAAAUGUCUAUACGAUUUCUUAGUUAAUUUAUUUUUCUCUUCAAAUAAUGCACAAUUUGCUGAUGUGUUGGGCAUAUAUAUUAAAAUUUAUUAUAAUUUAUAAUAAUAAUAAUGAAUAUAACAGUUUAUUUUUUCUUA